AUGGACGAUGAUUUGACAUUCGGAGCCUCUGUAUGGGGUGCAGAUGUUCCUUCCCCAUUCCCUCCUACCAAACCCAAACCUCCAACCCUCUCUUUAGAGGAAGAUUUCAUUUCUACUCCCAAUGGUGAUGACGGCUUUGACGAUUUCGAAGACUUUGGGCCUACAGAAACAGUCGCAGGAGAUGACGAUGAUUUUGGAGACUUUGGAGACGCAAUUGAAGAUAUUGCUGUAACGCCAGCAGAUUUUCCUGAAACACCAAUGGCAGGGCCUUCAAAUUCGCAGAUGAGCACACAAUGGGAGCCUCUUAGACUGGAUCCAUUUCCUGACCGACAACAGCUUGAACGGGACAUCGAUGAAAUCUUAGAGCCAGUGUGGGACGACGAGGAAGCGCAGGAGCAAGUUUUCACCAAGGACGGAAUACGUGAAAUCGAAGGUGUCAACCAGAUUCUUGUAACAAAUGAAAGUCGAGAAUUGUACAAAAUGCUUUUCAGAGCGCCCCCAGCAACCAAACCUCCGAACUGGACACGAUCUCGAAUACGAAGGCAACAUCUUAUCUCACUAGGCAUACCCGUUAACCUGGACGAAGUGCUACCACCCCAUGCCAAUGGAAAGUCCCUUCCCCCACUACAAAUCACUACCCGACCCAUGUCUGCUCCACCGGGUCCAAGGAACGUGCCAGUAGCCGGCUCUCGUGCACCUUCUCGCACAGGGUCUCCGCAUCCAUCCAACUCUGCCCGCCCUAAUCAAAGCCAUUUUGGUCCGAGGCCGGUCCUAGACGAGACCAAAAUAUCGGAACUGCUGGAUCUUGAUAUGGAGGAUCUGACACUGGAGCCGCUAGGAGCUCUAGAGCGACGGCUAGAAGAAUUCCGCACCCAGACGGCCACUACGAAUACACUGCUCACUUUCUUACUGCAAACGCGGGACGCUCUGCAGCAAGAUUCAGAGACAUACAAUGGCCUCAUUGCGGAGCUUGUUGGGGAAGCGCAGAGGAUAAAAUCAGGGAAGAAAUUACCAGCUAGAAGGGGAAGUGGAAUGUAA